UCAUAAUAAUGAAAAUAGUUAUUGAUUUCAGCGGUUACUAUUUCGAAAAUAGAUUUACAAUAAAAGAAUUAUGUUUGUACCGAUUAGUUGAUUUCAGAGCGAUAGCUGAGCCAAUAAUAAUCGCUAAAGAUCCGCAAUUUUCUGUUUCAUUGCAACCGUACAAUAAUAGUUACAAAAAUUUUAUGGAAAAAUUUGGUAUUCAAACCCCUCAUAAUUCAUAUGGAUUAGCUGAAUUACGUUAUAAAAUAAAAGUCAUAAUUACUCACAAUGAUCUUAUUUACUUACGAAAUAGACAACAGUUGACUAAAUUAAUGAGUUUUAUCAACGACGGUAGAUAUUAUUGUGAUAAAAUAGAGCUAUUAAGUGAUUUAGGUUUUGAUGAUAAUUAUGAAUUAACUGGAACUAACUGUCCUUAUCAUAUUGAUAAAUCAAAUAAUUAUUGCGCGGGUAAUAAUGCGAAAUUAAUGGCUAAUUGGUUAAUAAAACGUAGAGUAAAUAAAAUACAAUUACGUACAAAUAUGCAACUGGUUAUUAAUUUCAGUGGUUAUUAUGAUUUUCAAAAUGAAUUUAUAAUAAAAGAAGUGAGUAUUUACGGAUUAAGUAAUGACGGUAAUAUUAUUUAUCAUAAAUUAUAUGUGACUAAACCAGCAUAUGCUCCAAUUAGUUUUAUAAAUCGUAUUAAUAAAACUAAUUACGAUAAUAAUUUUUAUAAUAAUUUUGGAAUUAAGUACGAAGAUGGUAAUUAUAAAUUAUUACGUGUGAGACAUAAAAUUUGUGAAAUACUAAUUAAUUACGAUAUUAAGAUAAUUUAUGUUAAAAAUUAUUAUUAUUACAAUUUAUUGAGUAAAAUUGUUGAUAAUAUAAAAAUAUAUGAUGUUACUUGUUUGGAAGAUUAUAAUUAUGUCGACAUAUAUGAUAUAAAUACCAAUUGUGGGUAUCAUAAACAUGAAGACAAUAAUAAAAAUAUAUGUGUCGAUAACAGUGCAGUUAAUAUGGUUAAUUGGAUACUAACCAACGAGUUUUAUAAAUCUGAGGUUAGGAAUCGGUUUUCUGGAACUUCGUUAAACGAUGAUAUUAAUAUUGAUGAUGAAUUGGUUAAUCAAUUUAUAAUAGAUGGUAAUAAUAAAUUACCAUCAAUUAGUUCUGAUGAUUUGGAAUGGUUAUAAAAUGAUUUUGAUCUAUAAAAAAUUAACCAUAAUGACUGGGAAUUAUCAAUUGCUUAUUAAAA